AGAUACCAUGGAAGAUACAAGCACAGUCCAUGGCAAGCUUUCAGACAAGAGCACUCGAAAACUGAUUUGUAAAAUAAAGAACUUUCUGCACACACUCUGUAUAUUUGGAACUUUAAAGCGCGAUCAGUUGUGUGAGGCACAAAACCUUACAGAAAUAGAAUGCGACGUUAUACUAAAACAUUAUGAAUCCUGUGGAAGUUCAACUGCGCAAUUUAUCAACUGUCUACUACAAAGUGGAUUUUUCGACCCAUUGGAAAAUCUUUCCGAAAGGUUAAUCCCUAGUAUAAUAGACAAGAAUCAACUGAAUGAAAAUGCCAGGAAAUAUGCUAAAAUUGUGUAUCUGGACCCAAUAGCUAAUACAGAAACACAAAAUGCAUGCCCAGGCUCUUAUUAUGAGAAUUAUGAAUACAUAGAUGUUAACAGGCCUGAUGUGUAUGGUCUUACGGCAUUGGAGUAUGCCCUGAUUUAUGAGAGAUCAGACUUGGUGAGAAUAUUGCUUCAGGUUCCCCAGUUAGACCCAAACACCACGCUACAUUUCACCAUAGCUGGACUCAGUGCAGAUGUUUUAACAAAUUUUCAAACUCGACCUUUAGCCGACAUGGUUGCUAAGAGAUCGAUUUCACUGCAAAGCACGGUGAGAAAAGAGCAACUCUUGAAUGGAUUAGUCUGUCGCAAAAGUAAAGAUUUUGUUGAAACGCUGCUGAAACACCCUAAUUUGGAUGUAAAUGCUUUAGACUGUGAUGGCCACUCCGCCUUAUAUGAAGCAUCACAAAAUGGCCUAUUUGGUAUUGCAAAAUUACUAAUGGAACACAAAGAUAUUGACAUUAACCAACAUUGUAUAGAUGGCAAUACAGCUUUACAUGCAGCAAUCCAAAAUGGCUGCCACAAAAUGGCAAACGUAUUACUUGACAAUUCCAAUAUUAAGGUGAAUGCAUGUAACGGAAAUGGAGAAACGGCUCUAAUGCUUAGUGCAAAUGAACCCCAUCUCAUUGAAAAAAUGCUUACAUCGUUCGAUGACAUUGACGUAAAUGCUGUCGAUAAUAAUGACCAGUAUUCAACAUUGCAUAGAGCAGUAUUAGCUAAGAAUAAAGAAUCGUGCCAGUUGCUAUGUAAAGAUGAACGUAUUAACUCUUUGGUUAAAGACAAACAUGACUUGACGCCCCUUGGGCUCCUUAAACACCAGAACUCAUCAAGUGAGUACCCAGAAAUAUUAAAAGUACUACAGAUCAAAGAGCGCAAGUGUCGAGAAGAUGAAACAUUAAAAAUCAAAACAGCUUUAGAACAUUUAUCUGAUGUGAUCAGACAAUCAUAUCUGAUCUCUAAUGUAAAAACUUUCAUGCAGGCAGAUAUUGAAAAGAUAAAAUUUAAACUAUCCAGAUCCACCAAAACAGAAGAAUGAAUGUUACCUGAAAAUCUGACACAUGAAUUUUAAUGUACAAAACUAUUUAUAUUAUUUAUUUUAGUGAGAAAAUAAGAUGUAUAAUACAUGGAUUAGUAAAACAGGUUACUGUUACUGUUACUCAUAAUGAUGCCCUGGACAUUUUUAUUGUAAACACAUAUGAUAUAUUCAAGCUCAAUACAUUUGUAUUUAUUUAUGCUUGUACUGCAUCAGGUCUGUAUACUUUUUUUUUAAAGCAAAAAGUCAGAUGUAUGACAUGAAAAGUUGAUUUAAAUUUCCAGAAUGAAAACUUAAAAAACGAUUUGAAGAAACAUACUAGUAAAUACACAGAAGUAUAAAAAGUUGUUACAGGUGUUAUAAAUUUUUCUAAUGACAUUUAUGGUUAAGUAGAGUGAAGUAAGUGC